AUGUUCCUCAGGCCUUCUCCUCUGCAAUAUACUCUGUAUCCGAGAAUCACUUGCUCAGCGCCACGGAGCACAAUAAAUGCUUACUUCUCGUCUCAAGCCGCCUAUUGUCAAGCUGCUAGCUCAUCGUCAGGCACCUCUGGCAGUGCUAAGCUCUUUGCCGAUGCCGAGAAGGAGGAAUCUUCCUCGAAUCAGGUAAAGAAGUCGCAAAGGCUUCAGCUGCUGGAGAGCCAAGAAGAGAACUGGACUGGCGAUGAGCGUGUUCAAGAUGCGGUUCUUCGCAUGCUAGUGGACAAGUAUAAACCCCUGCGGACGGGAACUAUACAGUCGGCCGAGCAGGAGCUGAAGCGUAAUCCGCAUGUCAUCAACGCUGGUACUGUUGGAAAUGGCCAGCGACCUGGUGGAGGAGAAUCAGCAACAGGGGCUGAGGCUAUCACCGCCACCGUGAACUCGAUAGGUUCCAGCCCGUCAAGUGGCUCUUGGGCGACCGAGCAACUGAUACCUUCAAUCGAGGGUCACAGACCGUGGCACACGACGUUCAAAGCUCCCUCACAUGACGCACCAUCCGUCAAAGUCGCUUCUAUACCCCCACGGCCCAAUAGACCCCCUACAAUCGCCAUUGACGGUCGUUCUGCUGCGCAGACGCUCGACCGAAAGACACAAAAGCGCAAAGAACUUGCUGGGAGAGUCGCGCACGCGAGAGAAUCUACAUUGGAUUAUCGUUUAGGAAUUAAGGGCGCCCAAUCGUCUCAAGCAUCUGCCCAACACCAUGGAUUACGCCCUAAUCCUGUUAAUAUUAGGGCCUGGGCUAGUUUAGUCGAAGAGAGAAUCGAAAAAGCAAGACUCAAGGGACUUUUCACUAAUAUCAAAGGUCGCGGACAGCCUAUAGCUCGGGCUUCGGAUGAGCACAACCCAUUCAUCGCUAGAGAAGAAUUUCUGAUGAAUCGGAUAGUUCAAAAGAAUGGCGCUGCACCUCCUUGGGUGGAAGUACAACAGGAGGUUGAAUCAGCUAUCAAUUCCUUCCGCGGGAUUCUUCGCCAGGCUUGGACUAGGCAUGCCCUCCGCUCGCUGACAGUUGGCUUUCAUUCAUAUCCGGGUGCCCAUCGGCGCACUCUUGUGGAACUUCAAGCUUUACGCGACGACAAUUGGGAGAAACGGGAAUUUAGUUAUCACACGGCUGCGAUAGCAGAAAUAAACGCGCUGGUUCGCAAAUACAACACUGUUGCGCCUUAUGCAGUGCGGCGUCCUCUCUACACGCGAGAGGCCGAGUUAGAGAGAGCGUACAAGGAGAGUGGAGAGGAUAUAUUACAAGGCCUCGAGGAACGAAAGAAGCUCUCGGUUCUGGGAGGUCGAACCCGAGGAGGGGACGAGGAGGAGAAGGGCGGAAGCAAUAGAAAUUGGGGUGAAGAAAAUGCGGAUGCACUACCUUUCGGUGACGUUUUUCGUCGCUGGGUGGAGAAAGUGACAGCCUGGGUACGAGGGAAGAGCUAG